AUGGAUAAACUCACCGAUUUGGAGCUUAGCCACUUAAUACUUGAAGAGAACCACCUCGACCACAAAGAUGAGCUCGGACAUCUAUUGUCGCUGAUAUUCAGGUCCUACACCGAUCACGUUCCAAGGGCAGAAGAACUCACUGUUCCGUUAAAAAAAAUACCCAUCAAUUCUAGGACCAACACCUUUCUGGACAUUGAAGACGAGGAAACCACAGUACCGCUCUAUAAUGGCCAAACUCGUCGAUGGAAUUGGGCCCUUCCAACAUCAUACAAAUCUGCUAGUCAUGCUGGUAGUGGGGUGGGAGGAAGCAAAGGUGGCAUGAACAGGGAGCCGGGAGAUUGGGUGUUGGUCGCCGAUAACAGGACAGAGGCUGAUCUGUCAGAGUCUCAGCCUGAGUCCACCACUGAUCAGACAAAGUCAGACUUGCCAGUAAAGGAUGACCCUAUGUUGUCCGUGACUGAUGUCAGUGGGGAUUCUGGGGACUCUGGGGACCCUUGGGAGACAUCUCCUGACGGAUACAAGGAGGCACUGGCAUCAGCAUCCUCAGACUCGGAGACUAGUAGAGAAAUAGAACCCCAACAAUCGACAACCGAGGCCAUCUUCGGGUCCUUUUUCAACACUAGUGCAGCAAACUCCUCACGCCCAGUUCGUGGUGAAGAAAUCGCGCGAAAACCAGACCUUACCUUACUUGACAAUUUGGAAGCUAGGUGGGACACCAUCAAAGCAGUGUGCGAGCUGACUGCGAGUCCAUACCUACCCUCCCAAACCCUCUCAAAAACUCUCGACAGCAAAGCCUACCUUCUUUUGAAGCAUCAACCCUGGAGACGCUUCGCUUUAUUUAUCUCUCUCUGCAAUGGGUACCAUGAUCUUCGCGUCCACUUGUAUGACCACUCCGGUGGUGUCGAGCUUGAUAAGUAUUUGCACAUUUUUUCGUGCAUUGUCUUCGGGAAUCUCGAGUGCAUUGGAUUUGACCCUACCAUUACCAUACUAAAACACACCCUUCACCGCACGCUUGAACUCUCUGGCUCCCGCCCUACCAAGAACCUGCCUUCCAAGAGACAGGAGGUCGUUGAGAGUUCCCAACUUGAGGAGAACGAGCUGUCCCUCCCUCCUGCCAUCGCAAAGGACAUGGUGCCCACCCCCGCAGCCGGGGACACUCCAAUGUACCCCCCUAUAGUAGAGGUCCCCGAAGAUCCUCUCAACCCUGAGCCAGUUCUAGAGCCGAUCGGCAAAAUACGUGUCGAUAAGAACACAUAUGACAUCUUGGAAAUCAUCUUCUCUACCCAAGGCCUCGUUGGUCGUGGCAGUGUGUGCUACUUGGCCAGGAAGGACGACAAGGAGUAUAUCAUAAAAGACCAUUGGGUUCUCGGGGGCAAAAAAGCAGUGCUGAAUGAGAUCAACAUGAUGAAGAAGAUGGAGGGGGUCUGUGGAGUUCCUCAACUUGCUGAGUAUUGGCUCGUCGAAGUUGCACCCAGCGAGGUCGAUGACACGCAAGCAUAUUGUUACAAAUUUCCACAUAGCAUACAGGACACCUUCCCUACUCACGUUCGCCUGGUCUUGAAGCCCCGCGUGCGACCAUUGCAUAAAUUCCGCUCGAAGGUCGAGUUCUUAGGCGCAAUACGGGAUAUCGUUAAUAUCCAGAGGAAAGCGGUGGAAAAGCGCAAGGUUCUCCACCGUGAUGCUAGUCUGAACAAUGCGAUGAUCGAGGAUGAUGGUGAUGGCUCCCACAGAAUGCUGAUAGACUGGGAGUUCGCGGUUGAUAUUGUAGAAGGCGAGCAAUAUGUUGUUGGUGGUACUGGCACAUUACCCUUCAUGUCACGGUCGCUUCUUUUUAACCUUUACCUUCACACACCGGAUACAUCGGACGAGCGCAGUGGCAAGUGUGCAUCGGGCUCGAGACCAUAUCCAGUCGCCCUGAUCAAGCACAACUACAAGGAUGAUCUCGAAUCGAUAUUUACGUAUUUGUCUGGACCUGUAUCGAAGAAUUUGAAUUGGAUCACACGUGAAUGGUCUGGGACAUACGAGCAGUGCAGUGCCAGCAAAACACGGUUCUUUCACCAUUCCGAUCACUACACUGCGCAACUUACCAAACAAUUUGAUCCUUACUUCUGGGAUCUCCUUCCGCUCGCAUUGGAAUGGUACAACCUAAUCAAAGAUCCGGCAUCAGUAUGUUUCGAAAACAUAAUUGCAAUGCUGGAAAAACACCUUGCCAACCUUCUGCGGAAUGAGCUGUCCCCUGGGCUUUUAGUCUCGACAUGGAUGCUCCAGGGGCUCUCAGCAUCAGCAAGCUCUCUCAGUACUGAUGAAGAAGACACGCCAUCUGUAGAUGAGAUGUCAAAGAAACGAGUUAUUGAACACCGAUGGACGACAGACCUUAUACUACCCAAGCCGAAGAGGAGCAAGAUUGGAUAG